AUGUCGGCCCCAGUACCUUCAAAGACACAGUUUCAGGCUCGGAAACUGAGAUCCGACAGAUCUGUCGAGACCGUGGAGAGCGACAAAGGAGCUCUGAUGGGAAGAAUCACCGAUAAGGACUUCGGCAUAAAGCUGCAACAAAACAAUAUCAUUUAUACUUCUUUGGAUGCACGAGCUCCAGAUGACAUCGACGGCGUCAGAGAAUUGUUGGAUCAACGACGAGAUUCCGAACCACCUGAACUAUUAGACUACCAACGGUAUCUAGUAGUCACUGAGGAUUAUGAGAACGAACUUGGUGUAGAGAUCUCUGCUUACCCACUCCUUGCAAAACGAACAUUGCGCGAGGUGGAAAUUUCUGGCUACUUCCGAAGACCUAAUCAUGCUUGGUCGGCAGUUGACAACCAUCUGACUAUGGGUCUCAGUGACCCACAACCGGAUCUUGUUGAGUCUUAUCGUAUGACUGACUAUCCUUCGCAAGCAGCUGAGGCGCUUUCUGCAGAUCUAGCUCCUUCCUCAUAUAAUGAGGCGAUGCCAGCUUAUGCUGUUCAAUUCAAGAGUUCUAACGGUGACAUGAAGGAAGCUAAAUUGCAAUGCGUCUUUGGUGGAUCAGUUGUGACAGAGGGAGCACGUGGUGCACAUACAUAUAUGCACGGGUCCAAUGUCGAUUUCUAUGGUAAAACACAGGCGAUUACGAUCGCAUUCAAUGGCGGGCUUAUCGAGUACUACGCCCAUCAUGCACUUCAGACUCCUGGACCGUCACAACUGGCAGCCUAUGGAGCAGCUCCCAACGAAGUUGCAGCUGUUAGAGCUGAGGAUACUGUCAAAUACCAUUCAUAUCUCUUGGACUACGAUUAUCCUCGCGCUUCACUUCGGAGCUUUCAGAGCGCAUACAAGCAUAUGAGGAAUGCUCAAGACAUUGGUUACAAGUGGUCAACUGAAAGAAAAGACGCAUUGUGGGCAUACACAAAUGGAGACAACGCACAGACUUCGCCAGACGUUGCACCUUCCGCGCAGCAACUGACCGACCCCUUGAUUCCCGUCUCUUUAGGUCCACUAGACGGUAAUCACGAUGCCCAUGACGACGAAAUGGAUCCAACUGACCAACUAGUCAAAGAGUCCCGGGCGGAUAAAAGAUACGCUUCGUCUGAUACUAAAACACACAAUCCGAUAACUCCACCGCAAUCGUCAAAGGAUGUUUCAGUUCCACUUAACUCACAGCAGCUGUCGGUAACAAUUGUUACAGGGCCUGAAGAAAAUGUUUGA